CCUUUCCCUCUCUCUUCCUCUGUCGAGAAGGACAGUUACCAUGGCUUCGUCUGAUCUGCAGUGGAUGGUUGUCAGGAACAACUCGAGUUUCCUGAUCAAGAGGAACAAACAGACCUACAGCACCGAGCCAAAUAACCUGAAGGCCCGGAAUUCCUUCCGCUUCAAUGGUCUCAUUCACCGGAAGACUGUUGGCGUCGAGCCGGCUGCUGAUGGCAAGGGUGUGGUAAUCACCCUGAAGAAACGUGCAGGUCAGCGCAAACCUGCCACCUCAUACGAGAAAAUCACCAUCAACAAGAAUUCUCGUGCCACUCUCUCCAGUGUGAGAAACAUCAUUCGCAAAAAUAAAUACAGGAAGGACCUUCGCAUGGCUGCUCUGAGACGCACUAGUGCCAUCUUGAAGAGCCAGAAGCCUGUGGUGGUUCGGAAGAAGCGUACCAGGGCAACCAAGAGCUCAUAAAUACACAGUGCAUAGACAACUUUUGACUUAAUAAAAGUGAUUUUGGUCAAA